GUUAAAAAGGAUGAAGACGCUAUUCCUAAAUUGUAAAUUCAUCUUUUCUCUUUGGAAAUAUUUUGCAACUAUAUUUGGAAAGCUACUUUGUUUUAUCAAGAAGAGAAAGUUGUCAACACAAGAGCAACUGUAUCAAAGUAAUGUGCCUCUUUCAAUCCAAGUUCAUGGCGAUAAGGUAACAGAAGAGAUCAAACUGGUUGAUUGGAAUACAUGGGGCGAUGACAAGCCUCCCGAAGAAGGUGAAGAGGUUAAAGAAAUUCCUGCAGAAGAACUUUUUAGAGACAUGGAACCUGUCAUCAAUAAAGCAAAAAUGGUUCGUGUGACGAAGAAGAUAAAAGCUCCACAAAGACCUUCAACUUCACCUUUUGAGUUUGAAUCAAAACCUUCAGGACGUCAUCACAGUAGCAGCAUGGAUUUCAAUCCACAAUAUCAAGUUGAAUCCGAACUAGGCACAUGGGAAGACGAGCCAAGUGGGUGGGACGAUGAAAUUGAUGAAACAGAAAUAAAUGAACAAACUCAAAAUAUGAUAAAGAAAAAUAAAAUGUUAGAAAGAGAAAAACGAGCCGAGGAACAAAAAAGAAAAAAACUAGAAAAAGAACAACUUCGAGCACAACGCAGACAUGAGAGUCACAUUGGUGUGAAAAUUAGCUGACGUUAGCAUUUUUAGUCUUGCGUUUCGUCAUAUCCAUGUUGUAUAUAAAUUUUAUGUAAUUUACGCGAGCUAGGUUGUAUUAAAACAUUUGUAAUAAUUAUUUUUUGUAUCAAUACACCUAUCUCCAUUA